AGCAAGGCAAUGCUGCUCACAGUGAAGAGGCUGCUUGGGCAGCAGUGCCGCCUUCAGGUAUCUGGCGAGGAGAGGAUCUCUCUAGUGAAAAGCCUGGUGUGUGAAGAGCUCGAUGUCCCCGAGAACCAGCAGACCCUGUUGUUCCAGGGGAAAGUGCUGGAGGGGGAGCACAAAUUAUCAGACUAUCUCAUUGGCCCAGAGUCCAUCCUCUAUCUGGUCAUUAAAAAACCUGAGCAAGCUUAUCCCGAGAAGCCCUCAAAGCCGACCGCUGCCCAGCCCCACUCAGUGUGGUAUCGACUCUCGCAAGUCCUGGAGAAACAUUUCAGAACUUCUGACGCAGUGAGGGUUCUCGAGAGGGUGCUGAACGACUACUACAAAGGCCUUGGCUUGCUGAGCCUGGAAAACAUUGAAGAGUUAGCAGGGGACCUCCUAAGUCCUGAGGAAGGUGAAGGUGAACCAGUGGCUACAGGUGAGCUCCCCCAGCAAGAGGGGCACCCCACAGCCCCAGUGUCUGAAUCCAGGAAGGAUAAAGCAACUCAGACUGAGCCACAAGAAAUGCUAGGAGGAAGGUGGUGCUGGAAGAACUCUGAGUAGACUUAUUUAGAGAGGUCUAAGUGAAAAUUAAAAUAAUGAUGGUGUAUGGAACAUGGAGCUGUGUCUUUAUGUACCAAGGAGGAGGAGGUUUAGUAAAUGAAGACCAUUUUUAAAAGGAAUAGAGCUUCAGUUGGUAUUGAAAUGUGCUGUGCCAGAUUUUUCACAGGCAAACAGUUUUGGCAUGAAAGGGAGUCCUUGGAGAAGGCGAAAUGUUCACUGAACAGUCCCUGAAUGCGGUUACCCCUACUGACUGCUGCUUUGGUGCCACCCCCACCCCCCGGGCAUCUCAUUUCUGGCUGUGUGAUCCCAGCUAACUGGCUGUCUUGUUCCUAGUGUGGUGAUGUCAUGGCAUCACAUGGCAAAUCAAAGGUGGUGAUGUCCAAUAUUCCUAAGGCCAAAUGAAGCCCUAAUUUACACUCACUCUUGAAUGAAGGAAGCCUGCCUUGCCUCAAUGCUCCCUGUGUUAUCAUACUGCACUGGCCAUUUAAUUGUCUGACAGCACAGCAAGGCAGGACGCAUCAGCACCAUUGUCUUGGCAAUAUGGUUGAUAUAUUCUGUCUUCUCCCAUGAAUAGUUUUUUUGGGGGGGAACCACAUCCUGAAAAAUCACCAUAAAUGGGGCAUUCUGGGGGAGGUACAAAAACACCUAUGAAAACAGUUACCCUGUUUCAGACCUGGCUCUAUCAUAGGUUUAUCUCCUCCUCCUCCUUCACCAUCACACUAGGCUUGUAUCCAGUUACAUCAUGUAAGGCAACAUGUGCUUCCCAGAUACAUGGUCCUUGGUUCCAUCUUUGGCAUGGCUAUUUAAAAUACUGGUGUCCAAACAGUGGAAGAUCUCUAGCAAGACUACAUGAACUGGUUGAGCCUGACAGCCCUGGUUGAGAUGGACAAUUGUCAUGGUUUGUCCUUGUACGCCAUCUCUCUGUACAUUGAAUCAAACAUUAUUUUCUUAAAGUCAGGGUGUCAUAUGGGAGCAUAUGGCUGGCUGGCUUCCCAGGACCACAGGCAAGAACUCGAGCAUUUCCAUGGCAGCUUCCCAAUUUUGUGCUGGAGCUGAAGCAAACAGUUGAAGAAGCAUUCCCAGGAUCCAUUUUACAUGCUUCCCCCAGCAAAUGUAUUGGAUUUUGCACAGCCCUGAGUCCCGCGUAUAAAUGGAUCUGCACGAGAAGUGGCUGUUCCCCUACCUCCAAGUAGAGCUAUUCCACUUCACUCCCCAAGAAAGCAAUUUCCCAAUUAGUAGUGGGUUGUUGUUUAUUCACAUAUACUAAGCUGGUAUCAGCAAGCUGCUUCUGAAAUGCUCGUUUUGACAUGGUUCCCAACUUGUCAUUGUGUUCCUCCGCUGAGAUAACUACCCAAGAACUCAGCAGAAGUGAAGGAAUGUUUUCAGAAUUGGAGAUUAAAACUGACAUUUCACUACAGAGGGAGUGGGACAAUUAAAGCACCAGACUUAUGAGGAGUGCUACAGCCUGCUGUGGAGAUGAGAUUGCUAUCUUCAAACAUCUAAAAGGUUGCCAUGCAGAAAGUGGAACAGACUUAUUCUCUCUUGCUCCAGAGGGCAGGACCAGAGCAAAUGGGUGGAAAU